AUGAGGAGGAUGGAGGAAGAACAAACAAACCAACCAACUUUUGGAAACAAUAAAUAAGAGCAAAGGGAACAGCUAGAAAGGAAAGAACAGAUUACUUGCUUUUCCGAUCAAACUCCAACACAGGGACGAUCGUUUACUAUAAACUAAUCAACAUCUUCAGAUGUUGAUUUCAUGCACGCAAGAACGAGUCCUCACUUUGCCACCAUAACUUACAAAUCGAAAUUCUGUUCAAUCACCGCCCUCCAUCUGUUCACCAAAAUGGCUAGCCGGACAAGCUCUUGCAAUGCUGCCAUGGCUGAUCAUCAGCCAUGAACCUGACGUAAGAAUUCUGGGUGUCCUGCCUCUCCAAUCGGUAUAAAACUUCUGGGUUUCUUUCACAUUUUCUCGGGAAGCAAGCAUGUCUUUCUAUGUGGGUCUCUUUACCGGCUUGGCAUUGGGCAUUGGUUUGAUAGUUGGAUUUGCUAGGUUCCAGAACUCCCGAUCCAAGCGACGUUCUGAUUUGGCGACGACUAUCGCAGCUUUUGCGCGGAUGACAGUUCAAGAUUCAAGGAAGCUUCUUCCAGAUGAAUACUACCCUUCUUGGGUCGUCUUUUCACAGCAUCAAAAGUUAAAUUGGCUUAAUGUUCAGCUUGAAAGAAUAUGGCCAUAUGUUGACCAGGCUGCAUCAGAGCUUAUACGAACUUCUGUCGAGCCAAUCCUUGAGCAAUAUCGACCGGUUAUCUUAUCUUCUCUCAAGUUUUCAAAGCUGACUCUUGGUACUGUGCCUCCACAAUUUACAGGUGUUUCCAUUCUUGAAGGUAAUGCUAAGGGGAUCACAAUGGAGUUGGAAGUGCAGUGGGAUGGAAACCCCGAUAUCAUACUUGAUGUUAGAACCAGAGUUGGUAUUGGACUACCUAUACAGGUCAAAAAUAUUGGAUUUACUGGGGUUUUCAGAUUAAUCUUCAAACCGCUAGUUGAUGAAUUUCCUUGUUUUGGGGCUGUUUGCUAUUCUCUGAGAGAAAAGAAAAACCUGGACUUUACACUCAAAGUUAUUGGUGGGGAUAUAUCAUCAAUUCCAGGAAUUUCUGAUGCUAUUGAGGAAACUAUACAAGAUGCUAUUGAAGAUUCUAUAACAUGGCCGGUUCGGAAUAUUAUAGCCAUAUUACCAGGGGAUUACAGUGGCCUAGAGUUAAAGCCUGUUGGAACAUUAGAGGUCAAGCUCAUAGAAGCCAAGGGUUUGACAAACAAAGACAUCAUUGGGAAAUCAGAUCCUUUUGCUGUGCUAUUUGUUCGCCCACUGCGUGACAGAAUGAGAACUAGCAAAACAAUCAACAACCAAUUGAAUCCAAUUUGGAAUGAGCACUUUGAAUUCAUUGUUGAAGAUACAUCCACCCAACACAUUACAGUAAGAGUCUUUGAUGACGAAGGGGUUCAAGCUGCUGAACUCAUUGGCUGUGCUCAAUUGGCAUUGAAGGACCUCACACCCGGUAAAGUAAAGGAUGUGUGGCUGAAACUGGUAAAGGAUUUGAUGAUUCAGAGGGAUACUAAAGACAGGGGUCAGGUGCAUUUGGAGCUUUUAUAUUGUCCUUUUGGCACAGAUAGUGCAUUGACCAAUCCGUUUAACCCAGACUUCCGGUUGACUUCACUGGAGAAGGUCCUAAAAUCUGGAAUUGAUGGAACAGAAGCUGCUGAUAUUGCAAAAUCUGCCAUGCAGAAGCGGAAGGAUACAAUUGUUAGAGGAGUUCUUUCAGUGACAGUAAUAUCUGCUGAAAAUUUGCCUGCUGUGGAUAUAAUGGGAAAAUCGGAUCCAUUUGUCGUACUUAUAAUGAAGAAAUCUGACCAGAAAAACAAGACUCGUGUUGUCAACAAUUCCUUGAAUCCAGUUUGGAACCAGACAUUUGACUUCGUUGUCGAGGAUGGCUUGCACGAUCUACUGAUUUUGGAAGUCUGGGAUCACGACACAUUCGGAAAGGAUAAAAUGGGAAGAGUGAUCAUGACACUCACCAGAGUCAUACUAGAAGGAGAAUUCACAGAGGCCUUCAACAUUCAUGGGACUAAAUCCGGCAUACUAAAUUUACAUCUCAAGUGGGCUGCACAGCCAAUUUUCCGAGAUCCUUGA